CUUCUAUCCUUCGCCUCUCAACGGUGAAAGAGAGAGAAAAAUAAGAAAACCCAAAGUGUUAGAUCUGAUCUUCUCAUCUAUCUAUACAUCAAGAUGCAGUCCACUGGCGGUAAUGAUGUCAACUCGAAACAAGAACAAGAACAACAACCACAGAAGCAGCCGCCGCCGCAGCAACGGCCGCAGUGGGUGGCGGGACAGUGGAUGGGAGCCAUGCAGUACCCGACAGCGGCUGCGAUGGUAAUGAUGCAGCAACAGAUGAUGAUGUACCCUCACCAUUACAUGGCUUACAACAAUCCUCAGUUCCAGUACCAACAAUAUCAACAGCAGCAGCAGCAAGGUAAACACCCGUACCAGCAGCAAAGCUACUCGCAGAAACAGCAAGUGUCUAACUCGGAUGAGGUCAAAACGAUCUGGGUUGGCGACCUUGCUCAUUGGAUGGAUGAAACUUAUCUUCAUAGUUGCUUUUCUCAAACUGGAGAGGUUUCUUGUGUAAAGAUUAUACGCAAUAAGCAAACCAGUCAGUCUGAAGGAUAUGGUUUCGUGGAAUUUUACUCUCGGACAGCAGCAGAAAAAGUUUUGCAAAGCUAUAAUGGUUCUUUAAUGCCAAACACAGAGCAGCCUUUUCGUCUCAAUUGGGCUUCAUUCAGUGUGAAUGAAAGGCGACCUGAAAUGGGUUCGGAGCUGUCUAUUUUUGUAGGGGAUUUGGCUGCAGAUGUAACUGAUACAAUAUUGCAUGAAACCUUUUCUAGUAGAUUUCAAUCUGUCAAGGGAGCAAAAGUUGUUAUUGAUUCAAAUACAGGUCGUUCAAAAGGUUACGGUUUUGUUAGAUUUGGUGAUGAAAAUGAAAGGUCAAGGGCUAUGACGGAAAUGAAUGGUGUAUAUUGCUCAAGUAGACCUAUGAGGAUCGGUGUUGCUACUCCCAAGAAAGCAUCUGGAUAUCAGCAACAGUAUUCUUCACAAGCUGUGGUAUUGGCUGGUGGACAUGCAGCAAAUGGUGCUGUAGCACAAGGUUCUCAAUACGUUAAUGAUUCAAAUAAUGCUACUAUAUUCGUUGGAGGACUUGACUCUGACGUAACUGAUGAUGAUCUGAGACAACCUUUUUCCCAGUUUGGUGAGAUCAUCUCUGUCAAAAUGCCACCUGGAAAAGGAUGUGGGUUUGUGCAAUUUGUGAACAGUAAUGUAAUGUGUAUGCUUUGUAGGAAGAAUGCUGAGGAAGCAAUCCAAAGUUUGAACGGGACAACCAUAGGCAAGCAGACUGUCCGUCUUUCUUGGCGUCGCAAUAUAGGAAACAAGCAGGUAAAUUCUUACUAGGCAACUAUCUUAUAGCCUAUUUGUUGCCCUGCUCAUUGCAAAAUGCCCAGGCAUCUGUCACUGGAGAGAGGGAAUAGAACAAAGUUACUUUAUAUUAUAGAAAAAAUGGAAUUUCUUGGCUAAGUCCUUACUAAUAUGCCUGAGGCUACGAAAUAUCAUUGUAUAGCAUGAGUUAUACGGUCUCCUGAAGGUGGAGAUGCACACCCUUCUCUGCUAAUGUUUUGCUUACUUCGUAAAACUGGUUUUGACAGUGGAGAGGCAAUUCCAGUAACCAGUGAGAUGGAGGAUAUUACCAAGGGCAAGGGUAUAAUGGUUAUGGUUACGGCUAUGGUAUGCCGUCAAAUCAGGAUCCGAGCACGUAUACUACUGCAGCUGCUAUUCCUGGUGCAUCUUGACAGGGGGCAUAACAGAUGGAUCAAAGGAUGUAUGACAAUUACCGGUGGCUAUGUAAUAUGAACUAUCAGGUGAAGUUUAUUUUCCAUCAGAUUUAUAAUUUAAGCAGGAUGGGGUUUUGCUUGCUGCUUUAACGGGUUAAAGAAUUUUGUUCCUGGAUUUUAUAUUUUUAAACCUUGGGGUUGUUU